UGUAAAAUUACGUUUGCAGCGCCUAAAUAUAGUCGAAAUUGACAUGGGCGCCAAGUUUCAAUUUUUUUUCCCCCAAUUUAUGUUUUGUUUUCCCUCCAGCAGACACCCCCCUCCCUCUCUCUGUCUCCCCGCUCUCGUUCCCCCAGCGAUCCUCCCUCGACCCACGCCGCCGGGCACAGCCCGUCGCCAGCGACCCCACCAUGUAACUGCCACCUCACCUCGAUGUCCGCCCCCUCCUUCUCCCCCAAACCCCAUGCCGGAAAUUUCCUUUUCCCCAAAUCUGGCCUCACCUCUCUCUCUCUCUCUCUCUCUGUAUCGCCGUCGCUAGGGGCUCCUUUUGCCACCACUCAGUCCGGCUCCACAAUCGGAGAGUACGCAUUUGCCGAUGUGGGAAAUUUGGAACACUGCGCUAAGUACUUGAACCGGACGCUUGUUACGUACGGAUUCCCGGCUUCUCUCGAUCUGUUCGCCAAUGAUCCGGUUUCUGUUGCGAGAACUUGCAAUUGUCUAUACUCGUUGCUUCAACAGAGGCAGCGGGAUGUUGAAUUUAGAGACUCUGCUAGUGAGCAGAGACAGCGGAUGUCUUUGACCUGCCCUUUCACAUGGCUAGAGAUCAAAUAGAGGAAAGUCUCCGAAAUAAGAUGACUUCCAUAAAGGAGCGUAUGGUUCAAUUGCAAGAUGCACAGAAAGGUGCUGAAGUUACUUCUGAAUCAACUGAGAGGGAGCUUGAACUUGAAGCUCAACUUGUUGAGGCCAGGAGCAUACUCCAAGAGCAGGGUAUUACAUUUGAGCUAGACGAUGAGAUGGCUGCAGAUGAUGAUGAUCGGGAGGUGUUACAGGAUAUAAUAAACAACACCUCCGUUAAGCG